AUGGAGUCCAGCAAACCCUCUAAUGGCCUCAGCAUGACUUAUGCAACCUCUGCGCCCGCGACUGCUGGCGGACAGGCAGGCUCUCCGCCCGUCUGCCAGAACUGCUCCACGAGCACCACGCCCUUGUGGCGCCGCGAUGAGACAGGCGCGGUCCUCUGCAAUGCCUGCGGUCUCUUCCUGAAGCUGCACGGUCGCCCACGUCCCAUCUCCCUCAAGACUGAUGUCAUCAAGAGCCGCAACCGCGUCAAAACCGGUGGACUAGGCGGACGCAAAAGGACAAGCGACCAAGGCGGUCUUCCCGCGGCGCACCCCGAUGCAGAUGGCCAGCUCGCGCUCGCCCAGCACCGUCGUGCGUCUGGAAAGAUGUCCUCGGGCCUGUCUGACCGUUCGCAGUCUCCCAUCUCACGCACUGGCACCCCAAACUUCAACCAUCCCUCCAACAUUGCACCCCAGCACAUGUUUGAGCAGGCACUGCACGGCGACUUCCAUUCACCUUCACUUCCUGGCUUCGGUCUCCGAGCUCCUUCACCUGCUACAUCGUCAGUCAAUGGUUCUCACCUCGAAGCCCCUCUACCGUACGAGACACUUGCUGCGCAAAACACUGCGCUGAAGACUCGUGUUUCCGAGAUGGAGCUCAUCAAUGACCUGUUCCGCAACCGCGUCAGCGAGCUCGAGCAGAGCGAGCAGUCCGCGCGGCAGACGGAAUCUACACUGAGGAAAGAACUCGAGGAGGUUAAGCAACGAGAGGCUGACUUGAAGAGGCGGCUCGAGGAAAUUGAGAAUGAAAGCCCCAGGCACAAGCGGAUGAAGAUGAGUGAAUUCGUGGACGAGAGCCGCGCGGGUACGCCUAUCAGUUCUAUGGUAGACUAG